GCGUCAGCAGUACAUUCACAUUUUCAUUGAAGGACAAAAGGAAGAGCAGUCAAGCCUGUGUCCCGGGUGCCUGCUAUCAAAUCACAGAACACGGAGAAAAAACAUUGAAGCCUGCCACGCACAGCAUCAAUAUGGGGACUAACCCAGGGAUGACAAAGUUAAAAAUAACGGGUUGAAAGAACAAAGAAAGAUGUUGCUGUGGGGAGCCACUUUUCCCUUGCCUAAGCGCUCGUCCACCAGCUUGAGCCGGACAGCUGUGCCACUGACAAAGCUGAGAGCUCCAACUCUGCAGUGAGCUCAGUGUACUGCAGCGCUACACAGAGUGGGGGGAGAAACGCUCGCUCUUUUUUUAUCAUCCCAGGGAGUGAGAGUGCUCGCUCGAAAGCAGAAGAAAGCGAAGAAGAAAGAGGCAGAGAGAGAACGAUCUCUCUCCAGUGAACAAGCUGCCUAUGGUCCCACAUCCACCAUCCCUGGACUGUUGUCAUCCAGUUCUUUUGGAAAAAUUUAAGGAUUAUUGGGAAGUGUGCAGAAAAAAAAGAUGCAGCCAUUGCUAUGUGUGAGUGCAUGCAAGUAUACGGAGAUGGAACACAGAGCUACUUAAGGAAAAAAAUGCGCUAAUGACCGCAGUGUCAGAAUUUUCUGCUGGACACGGCACUGACAUAUCACGCGGACAAAGCGUACCGAGAGAAAAGGGAGACGGACAACAUAAACAUGUGUGAGCAGUCCUCUAUGGAGACACAGGCAUUUAAUGGUGACGUCAAGCCGAGGCAUCCAUGGAAAAGAAUCUGUGUAUAGUGCGAGAGAGAGCACUUCUUUAGGAGCCAAACUGGAUUGGUACUCUUGCCUAAACCUCUGAGGCCCUGGAGAGCCACAAUACUACUCUUUGGAUGCCCCUUUGUGGAUUUAUUAAGGGCCAUUUUGUUAUUCAUCACUUGUUUUCUCACAAAUGAAAAAAGAGAAGGCUUUGCUUCUCCUGGGAAUAUAGGAAUUUGAGGGGAAAAAAAACUAUUUUGUGAUUUCAAAAAUUGGACGUGUAAAAACUUUGAGGUAGGUGUCCAGCCUUUCCAACCCUUUUUAUCCAUAAAAUAUAUCCCCCUUUUUAUUUCAAAUCAUUUUUCCUUGGCUUUUCAAUCUUCUUUCUUUACUAUAGUACUUGUCACUGAAACGUUUAGCCUCCGGUUCAGUAAAUGGAAAAACAAUCUAGAGUGUUGUUUAACCCAGGAUAGGGCUUCAUUAGUCAGAGGUGAACCCCUCCCAUUCCACUGCUUAGUACCCCCCUCUCCCCAACCACCAUCAUCACCCCACGCCCCCCCCAGACGAUGCUGAAUUAUGAAUGUGCCACAUCAUGAGUCUCCUGGGGCGGGUAGCUGUGCGUCGAGCCAGGAAAGCCGCCCUGCUCUGUGUCCUGUUCCUUAUGGUUCAAGUGUGUAUGGAGGUGGCGGCCGCGGCAGGGCCCCAGGGCUGCCCGACUGAUUGCUCCUGCAAUAACCAGCUCAGUAAGGUGGUGUGCACCAGGCGUGGGCUUUCUCGUGUGCCACCGGGUAUCCCCACCAACACCCGGCACCUAAACCUGAUGGAGAACUCCAUUGAGUCUGUGCAAGUCGACUCAUUUAGAAACCUCCAUCAUCUAGAGGUGUUGCAAUUGGGCCGCAAUGCCAUUAGACAGAUUGAGGUGGGCGCCUUUAGUGGGCUAACCAAUCUCAAUACACUGGAACUUUUUGAUAACAGGCUGACAGUGGUGCCAAGUGGGGCAUUUGAGUAUUUGUCCAAGCUACGGGAACUGUGGUUAAGAAAUAACCCCAUUGAAAGCAUCCCAUCUUAUGCAUUCAACCGAGUGCCCUCCCUAAUGCGACUGGAUCUGGGCGAACUGAGAAAACUGGAAUAUAUAUCUGAUGGAGCCUUUGAAGGUUUAGUCAACCUUAAGUACCUUAACCUGGGGAUGUGUAACAUUCAAGGGGAUAUGCCUAACCUGAGCCCUCUGAUUGGGCUGGAGGAACUGGAAAUCUCAGAGAACCUCUUUCCUGAGAUUAAACCAGGCUCAUUCAGAGGACUGAAUUCGCUCAAAAAGUUAUGGAUCAUGAACUCGCAAAUAGGGCUAAUUGAGCGAAACGCAUUUGAUGAACUGUCUUCAUUGGUGGAGCUGAACCUGGCCCACAACAACCUAAGUUCUCUGCCUCAUGACCUCUUUACUCCAUUAAAGUACCUGGUGGAACUUCAUCUCCACCACAACCCUUGGAACUGUGGCUGUGACUCACUUUGGUUAUCACGCUGGCUACGUGAGUACAUACCUACCAACUCGACGUGCUGUGGGCGUUGUCACUCCCCUGCACACAUGAGAGGCCGGCAGUUGGUUGAGUUGGACCGGGGUGACACAGGGGCCAUGCAGUGCUCAGCUCCUUUUAUAGCAGAUGCCCCAAGAGACCUGAACAUUUCAGCAGAACGUGUGGCAGAGCUGCGAUGCCGAACAGCAAACAUGUCUGCUGUGCGAUGGCUCCUACCAAAUGGGACUAUUCUGACUCAUGCUUCAAACCACCCACGGAUAACAGUACUACAUGAUGGGACUUUAAACUUUUCAAAUGUGCUAGCAGGUGACACAGGCAUGUAUACCUGCAUGGUGUCCAAUGCAGCUGGAAAUUCCAAUGCUUCAGCUUAUCUAAAUGUAAGCGCAGCAGAACUCAACACAUCUAACCUCAGCUACUUCACCACAGUCACAGUGGAGGUGCUGAGCCCCACAUCUGAAAUGCCCAAACCCAAAACCACCACAGCCACACCAGGCACCAGCACCACUACCACAGCCUCACCAUCAGUCUUUCAGCCGGUUUUCAUCUCAACACCGACAGUCCUUCUCCAGAGCACCGUCAUUCCACCAAGCCGCCCAUCUGUUAUACCUGGAUCAAAAGUGACAACAGGAAAGCCGCCCAACCCAGCCAGUACCAGUCUGGAUGAGGUGAUGAAGACAACAAAGAUAAUCAUUGGUUGUUUUGUAGCAGUCACCCUGCUAGCUGCAAUUAUGCUUAUAGUAUUUUAUAAACUGCGAAAACGGCAUCAACAGAGGAGCACAGUGGCUGCAGCCAGAACUGUGGAAAUUAUUCCAGUAGAAGAAGAAUUGCCACCACCAGCUUCUGCUGCCAAUAUGGCAAUGGAGGGGGCACUCACUCUACCAAAAAUAAGGGAUCAUAACAGUAUUUACCAACUGGACUACAACACCCAUAAAUCUGACUACAACUACAAACCAAAACCAGAAUACAGCACCUACAAACCCAAGCAAACUUUCAGUAUCCACAAACCUAAGUCAGACUACAACACCUACAAACCUAAAGCGGAUUAUAUAUACCAACCAACUCUGGAAUACAGCUCUCACAAAAUGAUGGACUAUUCACACAAGUCAUUGCCGGAUUACCAUUUAAACAAAAAACCUGAGCAGAGCCCCUACAAACCAGGAUAUAAUACUCACAAACCUGACUACAAAUCUCAUACUCCAAAACCAGACUUCAGCCCAUACAAACCAGACUACGGUGUUCUAAAAUCCAAAACUGACUACAGUAUGCCUAAACUCAAAACCGAUUACAGCCCCUUCAAGACAGACUGUAGCCUUUUCAAAACAGACUACAGUGCAUUCAAGGCAGAGUACAGCCCCCUCAAAGCAGAAUAUGUCAGCUGCAAAAUGGAAUUCAGCCCUCACAAGUCCAAAAUGGAUUACAGUCCUCACAAGGUGGGCUACAGCCCACAUAAACUCGACUACAGUACCAUGAAGCCCAAAUACAACACAUACAAGCCACCAGGCCAUGGAGCCAAAUGGACAGAAAGCAACAGCAUUGGAAAUUCUCUGCCUCGAACCUUGCCAAGUGCUACUCCUGAGGCUCUUGUCAUAAAAACUCACACCAAGGAGAAAGUACAAGAGACUCAGAUCUAAUUCCACCCCGCACCCUGAAAAAUCACAACCUCGCCAAAUCACACCUCUAUCUCCCUUCAAAGCCCUCCCUGCCCCUGUUCAGAAAACAUGCAAUAGAAUGCACAAAGAGAAAAAAAGACAGGAACUACCUUUUUGUACAGUGUGCAAAUUCUAAAGACUGAUUAUUGUUGUACAUGCUUAUAAAUAAAUAUAUAUGGAAAAAACUUAAACUACCAUGGGUGGUAAUAGAGAAGCAGAUUAUAUAUAUAUAUAUAUAUAUAUAUAUAUAUAUAUAUAUAUAUAUAUAUAUAUAAAACUAAAAA